UACGUUCCAGAAGCUGCUUCUCAUUCUCUCCAUAACCAAGCCUUCACCACUGAAUAUAUAUGGAAGACUCCCAUGAAAUCAAGAUUGAGGGCUACAACCCAGGUGAUGUACAAGAAGAGAAGAUGGAGAUAGAACGGGAUCUGAAGAAUAAAUCAAUCCAGGAAGAGGAUUCAAAAGUUAAGGAAGAGGAAAAAAAUAAAGAUGAAGAUAAAUCAAAGAAAAAGAAGAAAGAGAAGGAGGAGAAGGACAAAGGUGAGGGAAAAAAAAAAGAAAAUGAUUUAGAUGGUGAGAAGAAAAAGGAGGAAAAGGAAAAGGAAAAGGAGAAGAAGAAAAAGGAAAAGGAAAAGAAAAACAAAAAUGACAAAGUUGAUGUAGAGAAGGUCAAGGGCAAAGAAGAUGAUGAUGAGGAUGAUGAAAAGAAGGAGAAAAAGAAGGAAAAGAAGAAAAAGGAAAAGAAGGAAAAAGGUGAUGGGGAGGAGGGUGAAGAAAAGAAGGACAAAGAAAAAGAAGGAGAUGAUGAUGGUGAAGAGAAGAAGGAAAAAAAAGAGAAGGAGAAGAAAAAAGAAAAGAAGGAUAAAGAGAAGGAUCAUAAAAAGGAAAAGGACAAAGAUGAGAAGAAGGAUGAGAUAGAGGAUAACAAGGAUGGGGCUUCUGUAAGGGAUAUUGAUAUAGAAGAAGUCAAGAAGGGAGGUGAAAAAGAAAAUAAAGAGAAGGAUGAAGCGCAUGAAGUAAAAGAAAAGAAGAAAAAAGAAGACAAGGACAAGAAGGAGAAAGAGAAGAAGAAAAAACUUACUGGAAAGGACAAGAUCAAGGAUCCAAGCAAGCUGAAGCAAAAGCUUGAGAAAGUUAAUGAAAAAAUAGAAGCACUUCUCGAAAAGAAGGCAGAUAUAGAAAGGAAAAUAAAGGAAGCUGAAGCUGAUGGUCAUGUAAUCAACGAGAAGGACAAGAAUGAGUGACGGGUUGUGCUCUUUUUAGUGUCUAAAAUGUCAACUCCAUUCAGUGGAAGACAUUACUUAAAGUGAAAAACUCUGGCAAUCAAUUUCUUAAACCCCAGAUUCAACUAUUAACUAGGAUUCUAUGUUUAAGGUCAAGAACACAAACAAAUAAAAGGACAGUAAGGAAGAAUCGUCAAGGGAAAUUAAUGACCAAUUACUAUUUACAUGGGUUUCAAUCCAGAAGACUGUUUUUCUGUGCAAAUCAAAUUGUCUCAACAAAAUCAAGCAG